UUCUUGAUAAACAUUUUAUAUAAUCAUGUUGAGCAUUGAUUAGUUCCAAUAAUUCUAAUCAAUCUGGAGAUCCAUAAAGGAAUGGACAACCCAUCGAACGGCCAUCAUUUCCUGUCAUUCCCGCUUAUCCUACGCCGCGAGGCAGCAGAUCAUUCCCACCAAUCCACCGAAAUCUCUCUCUAAUCUUUGUCUUCCUCACCGUUGCUUUGCCUUUGCGCUUUACUUAGCAGAACGGAUUCUUUCCUUCCACUGCUCUCUUUUCUCUCAAGACUAUCGUUUUUGUCCACAAAAAAAAAGGAAACGUUCCAACAAAUGGCUGCAAAUCUCUCCCUCCGGCCCAGCCACCGCUUCUCCCCCGGCUGUGGCUCUUCUUCUUUCCUCCGGCCGCCUUCGGCGCCCAUACCCGCUGCUCUGAAGACAAUACAGUCCUUCCGCAGCCAGCCAUGGAGGGUAUCGAUUUCCCCCGCGGGGGCUCGGCGGAGGAUUCUGGCCGCGAGCGCCAGAGCCGACGAUUCGGCGCCGUACGGGAUGUCGCUGGAGAGCGCGCUCAAGCUGCUCGGUGUCGCCGAGGGAGCUUCCUUCGACGAGGUCCUUCGCGCCAAAAACUCGAUUCUCGCCACUUGCAAAGAUGACAAGGACGCAAUUGCUCAGGUUGAAGCUGCGUACGACAUGAUCCUUAUGCAAAGCCUAUCUCAACGUCGGGCAGGGAAAGUAGCAAACAGUCGAAUUCGUUACGCUGAUGUGACUCCCGUGAGCACUCCAGGAGGAAGGAUGGGUGGAGCAAUGCCCCAAUGGCUGCAGACUACAGUCAAGAAUCCACCCAUCUCAGUAGAGGCACCACCAACUACCGAUUUGGGAAUACAAGCCAGUGUAUAUGGAGCCCUAAUGGUCCUGACUUAUGCAAACGGAGCUGCCACCUCAUCCGUGGUGCCCUAUGCUGCAGCUGACGUCCCCGGGCUGCUCCUUGCCACGAGUUUGGGAGCUUCGUUAUACUUCAUGACCAAGAAGAAGGUUAAACUAGGUAAGGCGACUGUGAUUACAUUGGGAGGGCUUGUCGCAGGUGCUGUGGUGGGUUCGGCGGUUGAGAGCUGGCUACAGGUUGAUAUUGUCCCGUUUCUCGGCCUCCACUCUCCAGCGGCGGUGGUUAGUGAGUUCAUUCUGGUGUCUCAAUUCUUGGUCUCCCUGUACCUAAGGUAGGAGGAGGGUUAGAAGGGAAGCGAACAUCUACUGCUGUAACACCUGUAAUUACUCAAAUUGCAUGAUCAUAGCCAAGCCUUUUAUUUUGGUUUUCUCCUUGGUAGGAUGUGUAUCUUUGCACCUUUGUAUAAACUGCAAUUUAGAAUGUAGUUGGGGUAUACUUGUGUUAAGUUAUAUAAUUGGUUUUUAUGGUUUAUAGCAAACAUCUCUUUUGAGAAUGGAGGCUCAAAUUUGAUCGUUACACUGAAGUUCUUUGUUUCCCCCUACCAAUAGAUUUCUCAGUACUCGGUAUUAUCAAGACAUCGAAGCUAAUUUUUCGUAUCGAAAAUUUUCUUAGUUUUCAUAAUCAGACUGGACACAUCAAACCAAAUAUUCAACGGAUAACAACCACUUGAUUCACUUAUGAUUGUGCAAAUAAACAAAUUGACUCGCUUUUGCGAUGGCCAAUUGAUUUGACGGUUCUACUGCUCCGACUGGAUGACGGUUCUAACAAAAAGGAUUAAUUUCA